GUGACGAACGCAAACCAGUCACCCAAACACCCGAUACCAAACAACAUCGAACGGAGUAGAGAAAUCGAAAAGAAAAAAAAAAAGGAAAUAUUAAUAUAAUACCGAAGAGAAAACGCCUCCUCCAACUUGUUGAAGACGAAAAAAUUUUCUUUCGUUUUUAAGAUUUUUUUUGUUGUUGUAUAUUAGUUAGUUAAUAAUCUUGUCAUCUCAUUGCUUAAAACAGUUUUUCUUUAGUCUACGUUUUCUAAGUCAUAGAAGUUUUUGUAUAGUUUUUUAUCGCAUUUGUUUCUCCAAAGUGGUGUGAAAAAAAGUGGAACAACAACGUAUUAAUUUUUCACACAAAAUUGUAUAAAAAAAAGAAUAAAAGAGUGUUCUCUGUUGGAAUCUAUCAAAUACAUAGUUUAACUCUACGCAAGCAAGAUUUUUUGAAAAAGAAUCUCUUCAUUAUUUUUACGCCCCAUUCAAGAAUUCAGAUAAGAUUAAAUAAUUAUGGCUGAUGCAGGAUUCCCCGGUCGUCAUACGACAACGACCCAAGUCACACAAACAUCAGUCUCACCUCAGCUCCGAUAUGAUCAAUCAUACAUUCAGACAAUUCCUGGAAUGCUCAAAAUUGCCUGCAUUGUUGUCAACUUAAUAGGUUUCAUUUGCAUACAAGUCAGUGCAUUUUCAUACCAUUCCCGUGGUAGUUACUUCAGCUCGAUUGCUAUGACUGGAUUUUGGUUUACUGGCAUCAUGUUGGCUGCCUACCUGUUUCAUGUGUGUGAGAAAUUUUACAAAAUUCCAUGGCUCAAGAUCGAAAUGUAUUUCUGUGCGUUGUGGACAAUUUUGUAUCUUUUUGCCGCAUGCUUUGCGGCUACAUUUGGAGUUGAAGCAUUUACGGCUGCAGCUUUGUUUGGAUUUGUUGCGAUGUGUCUUUAUGGAUACGAUGCUUUCCUGAAGUUUAAUGCUGUUCGUCGAGGUGAAAUCGCUCAAGGAAUUCGAAUUGUUGAACAACGACAACAACAGACAACUGUUACUAUUGCAUAAAAAAAACACAUACAAGAACCUUUUUGGGUAUUUUAAAAUAUUUCUUUCAAGAACACACUACUUAUAACAAAAUGAUGUUGUGCAAUUAUUUUUUUUACACUGAACGAUACAUUUUUUUACGAAAACCGAUUAGUGGCUAACUUUCAGAUUAUACUUACAAUUUUCCACAAGAUGGUUUAUAGAUUAAUUCAUUAUGUUUUUACACUUUAAUAAUUGUAAUAUAUUAUUUUUAUAUAUGCAGAGUUUUAUUGAAUGUUAUUUUAGAAAAAAGAUGAAAAAUAUUAUCGCACAAAUAAUUUAUAUUAAAAGAAAAAGAAAAACACAACACAAUAAAAACACAUUAACAUCAAAAACACAAACCAUUUCUAUGUAACAAUUUUAUAAUAUAAAUUUAUAAGUGAUGUGUAAUGCAAAUCAAAUGCUCAUCAACUUUAUUCAAUGUACCACCAAUCUAUUGAUGCCUUAAAUAAAGAAACAAAAUAUUAAGUUAUUUUAUAUAAAAGAAAAAACACUUGUUUUGAAAUAAAUUUUGUUAAAAACCUAAGCAAUGGCUAGAAAUUCAUAAUUAAUUCCUA